UGUUGAAUCUUUUGGUGUGCGGACGUUACGUUGUAUCUCAGCUAUUCGUGGUUCGAGAUUCAAGUGCUCAGAUUCGAGUUCGUCUUUCGGGUGCGUGUGCAUUGGUGCCGUUUUAUCACGCUAUCCCAAUAACAGCGAUAACAGCAGCAGCAUUGGCCACUAAUUAAACGCCGAAGUGUCUGUGUGUGUCAAUUGAAUCCGUACGACUUUUGAUUGAAUUAAACUACAAAAUACAAUAGCAAUUUGCAAUUUACGGUAAUUAAGCCGGACCAGUGCGGCAAUUUGAACAAUUUGAUCGGGUGCCAAAAAGAUAUUUUUCACACACUCCUUUUUUGGGGAUAAUUAAAAGGACAGUGGUGCUUGUCAUUCCUUCCGGUGGGGUGAGUGUGUGUGCAGUGGCUGUGGAGGAAUUUCUCAUUAAACCGGCGCUAAAAGGAUUACGAACCCGUUCAUCUUCAUCAGACCCGCAGCGGACCGAAUAGCGUUCCCUCUUCGACUUUUUCAUCGGCCGGAAGCUUAACCCCGAAACAGAUCUUGAAAUUAUGAUGUCGCAUCAACUGCAGCAGACACGUCGCCGCUUGGGCUCCGUUAGCGAUUCGGCGCCACCAUCGGAGUCCAGUGAGGGCACAGGCUCCUCCUCGGAGCCCCGGGACGAGUUGAUCCUCCACCCGGACUGGUCGGCCCACUCGCACUCGUCGGCGCAGAGGAGCAGCGCCCACGGAACCACAUCCCUGUACAAUGCCUCGGAUAUCGAUGCGGACACCAUCAGCACGGACACCACGAGCAACACAAACCUCUCGGACUACGAACGUGGUCAGGUGGAGAGCUUCUUUGGCGGAUUGGGCACGGAGAUUUAUGUGAGUGGCGCCCUGGCCAAUCUGUACGAGGGAACCGGCAACGAUGGCGAUUGGCGCCUGGUGUUCACCGGCAUUCCCGUGAUCCUCCACGACAAAGGGAACUCGAAGGCCCGGGCCAUACCCAGAGUCACCCUGGUGCUGGCGGAGAGGGGAUCCUGCUUCGCCCUGUGGUCGGACCGCAUUGAUAACCUCUCGAACUAUCGGAUUGCGGGCCCCUCGUUCCACACCAUGUGCCGGUCGAGCAACCACCAGCAGAUGAUUGGCUUCAGCUUCGACUCCACGGAUGCGGCCCGUGAGUUGUGGCAGCAUGUGGAGCGCUUGGUCUGCAAUCCGGAGAACGAGGCCCUGACCGUGCCCGGAACCCGGAAGCAGAAGAAGCAGAAGCGCGCAAAGCCGGCUCCCCUGCCGCCGAAGUCGCAGAUUUCGCACCCGUGCCAGUUCCACCACGUGACCAGUGUGGUGAAGGAGGACUGCGAGCGGUACUACAGCAUGCAGGCCUUCGGACCCCCGAAUCCCCAGCAGCAUCGUUGAGUAGGGUCGGGCGCGUGGAUCUGGAACACGAGCGCCCUCUGGUGGCAGAACUGAGAGCCUGCCCCAAAUCAACAUCCCCGAAGAAAAGAAAAUCCAGCAAAACCCUAGAUUGUACACCUAGUUAUAGACCCAUUUGUUAUAGGCCUAAGUUAUGCCAAUGUGCGAUCCGAGUGUUGCAGCUCGGCCAACACAUUUAUCUGUGAUACGAUUUAGGCGUCUUUAAUUUAGAAGAGGUAACUGACAAAAAAAAAACACUUUGAUAAAGAACAUUUUUAACGCAAAUAUAGUAAAUAUAAAGAGAACUUUUCCAAUUUAUUACAGCAUAUUUAACGAUUAACCGUUGUCAAUAAGCGAGUUUUUGUAAAACCUUUUCUAAUAUCACGCAUAGACACAUACCCUUAUGCAUAAUUAUAUUCGUACCACAUAGUCCUGAUAUCUAUCGAGUAUCUGUAUGUCCGCAUUCGCAUGCACUGCGAAAAGUUUUUGAUACCUAAAAAGCUUGUUUCUUAUCGGACUAACGACUAAGCCCAGGCAAAAAAAGAAAAAACUGUUUUUUGGUCUAUGUAUCAUAUUAUAUACAUGAACAUAUUAUAUGCUAUAUUACACCUAUCUGAAUAUUAUACGUAGCUCUAAGCAUUACUCAUAGCCACUUGUCUGUAUAUCUCUGGACUUCAAAUUUUGCCUGUGCAAAAGCAUCGCGAGAAUCAAAUAAAGCUGACAUAAAAAAGCAAA